CUUCUCUCCGUGUAAGCUAUCAAGUACUGACCUACCAGCUCUUGGCAUAGUUUUAAUUGCAUGCUUUUUCUUAACGUCUUCAUAGAAAUUUCAAACGAUUGCUUGCUAUUACCUGUUUUCAGGACAAGUGAAACUGAAAACCUCAAACAAAAAUUACAAGCGGGGCUUGGUAUUUCAUUCUGUUCCAUUGAACCUCUGGAAUAAAACUCCCAAUCAUGGUCGAUCGGAUCCAGUUACCAAGGCUGUUGAUGUUUCUCUUUUUAACCCAAAGCUUUGGAGAAGCCCAACGGAUGACUCAAGAUGCUUUACUCAUGCAAUAUAUUGAGAGACGAAUCAUGUUGCUUGAGGACCGGCUAGAGAAAUGUAACCAAGACAUGAACAAAUAUGUCAGGGAGUUUAGAGACUUCCGGAAAGAAAUCACAGUCCGCCUGGAUAGGUUGAAUAUUUAUAAAACUGAGUUCAAGAAUGAGAUGGAGGUUGCUGGAUCCAGAAUUGACAGGAUUGAAAAAGAUAUUGAUUAUUUGGAGUCGCUGCAGCCAACUCAGCCAUGUGUGGAGGUCGACGAAAGGUUAAUUGAAGAGCAGAUCCAGCAAGCAGAGGAGAAGAGAAAAGCCAAGCUUCGGAUGGCUGCAGAUUGCGACCUCUUGCUCAUUGGAAUCAAGUCAUUAAAAAUUGUUAAGAAAAUAGGUGAGAACCAAGGUUCUUGGAUAAAGGACCCUUCCCGAGAUUUUCAGAAGAUUUAUAUCUUGAGUGGAAUCAAUGGUGAUGUUUUCACUGAGUUUGCUGGCAUCAAGGCUUUCGCGGAGAGCGCAGGGAGAAAACUAGCUAAGAGAGUCACCCUCCCUUUUGCCUGGCAGGGGACGGGUCAUGUGGUAUACAAUGGCUACCUAUACUUCCACCGCAACGGCACCCUCAACCAAAUUGUCAAGUUUGACAUCCGUAAUGGGACAGUCAAAGACCGUAUGCUUCUGCAGGGAGCAGGCCGAGUACCUGCCUACCAACUCUCACCUUACACCUUCAUCGACUUGGCUGUGGAUGAACAGGGCCUCUGGUCCAUCCAUGCCGAACCAGACGAUAGAGGUGGCACCAUCAUUGUCACCAAGAUUGACCACAACAACUUGGCAGUGGAACACUCCUGGGACACCUCCUGCUCCAGCAAGGGAGCUGAGGCAGCCUUCAUGAUCUGUGGCACCCUUUAUGUUGUCUACAACACCCAUCAUGGUGGUCGCUCCCAUGUCCAGUGCCUCUACGAUGUCACUGAUGUGGUCACCACCGCUGAUGUGCCAAGCCUGUACUUCCCCAAGCGCUAUGGCAAACACUCCAUGAUUCAUUACAACCCCCGGGAACAUCAACUGUAUGCCUGGGAUGAAGGCUAUCAGACAAUUUACAAACUCAUCACAAAAAAGAAAUUGGAAAGUCGACCCUCUUUCUAAUAAUUGCAUCUUUUUAUAUUUACACGCUUUAUUAUAAAGUGGCCUAAACUGCUGACUAGUGGUUAUCAUACCUGCAACUUGACCAUAUAAUCCACUCAAUCCCCAAACAGAAUGACUGGCUUUUAAUUUACUGAAAGCUUCUCCUCCGCUGAUACAGCACAAGUCAUGAAGGUGACAGAAUUCUCUCCACUCUCCAAAGGGAGCAGCUCUAGUAGCACUCCGGAAAAUUAACAGCAUCCAGGACACAAUACAUUCGUCAUUCCAAUAAAUACCAUGAACAUUCAAUCACUCCACAACCAGCGCACAAUGGCAGCAGUGUGGACCCAUUACAAGAUACAGUAACCUGCCAAGGUUCGUUUAGCAACACCUUCCUAACCUACAUUUUCCACCACCUAGAAAGACAAGAGCUGAUAUUUAGGAGCACCUCCUACCAGCAAGUUCCUCUCUCAGUCAGAUUUCAUUGGGACUUGGAAAUAUAUCAUUGUUCAUUCAUUAUUCCUUCCUAACAGCUCUGUGGAGAUAUUUCCAUCACAGGGACUCCAGUGGUUCAAGAGAGUAACUCACCUUCAAGGGUAAUUUGGUAACAGGGCCAGUGUUUGCCAAUUAGCACAUUGCUAAUUUAUUCUGAUGAAACAAAAUAAGACAGGUAAAAUGAAACUGAAAAUGUGAAUAAUACACAGAAGCACUGACCAUAUCUGUAUGGAGAGACUGGUGGGUAUUGAAAAAUGGGAUCGGGAAACUGCUCAAAUGAAGAGAAGAGUGUCCUUGCUGUUUAUAGACAUUGACAGAUCUUCUGUGUAUCACCUACAUUUUUCAAGAGGCUGACCUAAUCACCUCCUCUAACUAUUAACUACUCUGUCCAGAAAGAAGGAUCAUCCAUGAGGAGUCAAAGGGAGGAAUAUCUUUGCAACACAACUCAUUAAAUUCAAGUUAUUUUGUCACUUUUAUUGUGCAUUUUUGACUCCAGAGUCAAGAGCAAGGUAGCUGCCACCUGUUGCAGAGAGGCAGCAAGUUUAGGUACUUGUAUUAAAAGACUGCAAAGCGGUGAUGACGAAUAGGCAAUGUUUAAGGUUGUGCCAAAGUGAUAGAAAGAGGGAAUGAUAAGAGCAGAUAUUUGUUUGUCUUUUGCUCUUCCAUCUUUCUACUCCAUCACAUCCUCCCAAAAUCUUUUCGUUCUAUUAAGAGACAUUGCUGACUUUCCGGUUCUCCAUCCUGAUAAAGGAGCAACAGACCAAAAGAUUGGCUCAUCUUUUCCUGUACAAGUUGCUUUUCAUCGUGUUUUAUGCUGAUUGAUUUUGCUUUGAAUCCAUUUUUCCCUACUUUAAAAUCUUGUGAAAUUGUUUUUCAUUUGUAAAUGAUGAUGUCGCUAUCAUAGCUAAUAAGAAUGAUGUGGAGGUGCCAAUGUUGGACUGGGGUGGACAAAGUUUAAU